AAUUUUUGCACCUGCACUUCACCACCAUUUCCAGCCUUACAUUCCAAACCUCAAAUUUGUUUUUAAAAUGAUCUCAAAUUAAAUUUCACCUAAAUUCAUUUCCUCAUGGCUACACAUGCAACUUCACCGCCAACAGAAUCCGAACACCACAGCGCCACCUUGAAACACUUCAAUGAAAUAAUCCCAACUCUUCCUAAAUCAAAAGCCUGGUGGCGUUUUGAUCAUCUCUUUCAAUACAAUGGCUUCUGGUUAUCAUCAGAACCAGCAAUAAAAGCCCACAUGCUUCUUCAACAUCAUCACUUCAUCUCUAAACCUGACGAUAUAAUCUUAUCAACUUCUCCUAAAUGUGGCACCACAUGGCACCGAGCUUUGCUAUUCGCCACCGUUAAUCGAAACGCUUACGAUUUCUCGGAUCACCCUUUGCUUAAGAGUAACCCUCAAGAUUUGGUUCCGUUUUUAGAAGCAACUGUAUGUCAUGAUCCAUCACAGCUUGAGAAUCUCCCUUCGCCGAGAUUGCUCUCGACUCACCUCCCUUUUUCUUUAUUUCCAGAGUCUCUGACCAACACUUCUGGUUGCGCCAAGUUUGUUUAUAUUUGCCGUAACCCUAAAGAUGUUCUUGUUUCCAAAUGGCACUUUGCUCAGAAGAUAAGAUCUAAAGAACUGCCACCCUUUUCAUUUGAAGAAGCUUUUGAGAUGUUCUGCGGUGGAGUUUCGCAUUACGGGCCGUAUUGGGACCAUGUGCUGAGUUACUGGAGAGCGAGUUUAGAAGCGCCCGAGAAGGUAUUGUUCUUGAAAUACGAGGAUAUGAAAAAAGAACCUGUGGUUCAUGUGAUGAGAUUGGCUGAGUUUAUAGGAAAGAAAUUUUCAGCUGAAGAGCAAGAUAAUGGUGUGGUUGAAGAAAUUAUAAAGCUGUGUAGCUUUGAGAAGUUGAGCAAUUUGGAAGUGAAUAAAGGAAGUACAAAAACCAAUGAGAAAUUCAUUAUAAAAAAUUCUGAUUUUUUCAGGAAAGGUGAGGUUGGAGAUUGGAAAAAUCAUUUAACAUCUGAGAUGGCAGCUCGUAUAGACCAGAUUACAGAGGAGAAAUUCCAAGGCUUUGGUCUAACCUUUGCUUGAUCAUCAGUUUUUACGGAUGCAUCAUAUUAAUGAAUAAUUUUCCAUUUUCUUUUGCUAGCUUAAUAAAUCUUGAAUAUGGAUGAUCUAUAUCUUGUAGAUCAUGUCCGAAUCUCGAGUCUUUAAUUGUUGUUGUUGUUUUUGGUUUUAUUAAGAAAAAUGACAUUAGUUCUGUCUAAAAUAUUCGUCAA